AAUUGAUCCACGAAAACAAAAUGGCUGAUGGUGGUAAAGUUGAAUUUAAAAAUAAUUAUGAUUCGGAAAGAAGUUCAAGUACUAAAUUAGAUUUGCAAAGUAAUUUAAAAUUAUACGAAUAUGAAAAUAAAGAAGAAAAUGAAAAUUACGAAAUAAAUGAAGAGUAUAAACUGGAUUUAGGAUAUAUUGAAGAAUAUUCCUCUAUAGCCAGGCAACCACAGAAUGGAACUAUAUCUAAAAAUAUUUUAGAAUUUUUUUAUUCAUAUGCAUACGAUUGCCAAAGAUAUUUUAAUCUUUGCAUAGCUGAUACAAAUACUAUAGUCUUCGCUUCUGGUAAUAUAAUUCACUUUUUCGACGUAAAAGAAAAUCAAAUUUGGUUCAGAAGAGGCUCUAUGGGUGGUGGCAUUGGUCACAUAUGUAAAAAUCCUACCAUCGAACAUAUUGCUGUAGGAGAGAAUGGAAUAAAUCCCUUAAUAACUAUUUACAAAUGGCCUUCCAUGGAAAUUAUAACUACUUUAAAAGGAGGAACAACUAAACGUUACUUUCAUUUGACAUAUAGCCCUGAUGGUUUAUUAUUAACUUCGCAAGGUGGUGAACCUGAUUAUUAUAUUUCUCUUUGGAAUUGGAAAGAAUCACAAAUUAUUUUGCAAUGUAAAUCUCAUGUUCAAGAUGUAUAUAAUGUAACUUUUUCUAAAUAUAUUCCUGAUCAGUUAACAUCCUGUGGAUUAGGACAUAUUAAAUUUUGGAAAAUGUCUAAGACUUUCACCGGAUUAAAACUUAAAGGGGAAACUGGUAAAUUUGGAAAUACAGAGAUCUCUGAUAUUAUAGCAAUUCAUCCAAUGCCGAAUGAAACAGUAAUUUCAGGAUGUGAAUGGGGUAACAUACUUUUAUGGGAUGAAAGUAUAAUUAAACUUGAAGCAUGUAGGAAAAAUAAACAAGCUGCACAUACUGAUUAUAUUGCUCAAUUUGAAUUCAUCAACGGAGAACUUAUAUCAAUUGGAUUAGAUGGGUGGAUACGAUUUUGGUUUUAUGAAAGUAUUGAUGAUGCUGAUCUUCCUAGCAAUGAACAGUUAUUUGAAAUAGAACCAAUUUAUGAAUUUUAUAUUACGGAGGGGAAAGAGUAUUCGAAAAGAAAUGCAAUGCUUAUGAGUAUUCAAAAACAGGAGCCAAAUGAUCCAGAAAAAACAAUUUGGUAUGCCCAGGAUGGAAAUGGAGGAUUGUGGUUACUUGAUCUUUGUACCAGUAAAAAACAACAUCGACAGAUCAAAAUUUUUACGUGUCAUGCUGGUUCUAUAGUUGAUAUGGAUGUAGCAGUAUGGGGACCUUUUGUAGCUUCACUCGAUGAGAAUGGUCAAUUACAUAUUUACAAUUAUAUUGAAAAGAAAUUAAAUGUUGUCCAUUCUUUUCACGACCUUGGAACUCAAGUCAUUUGGUUUCCAUGCAAGAUCGAAAAAACAGGAUCAACGCUAGUGUGCGCCUUUAAAAGUGGUAUUAUUCGAAUGAUAACAAUAGCAAUAAAGACAGCUAGCACAAAUAAUAAUAUAAAUGAAAAUUAUACAAGACUGAUUCAAGUUUUAAAACCACAUUCAAUGCCAAUUUCUGUAAUGUGUUUUAAUAUUUCUUGUAGUUUACUGAUAACGGGUAGCGAAGAUGCUACAAUUUUUACAUUUCAUAUUCAAUCUACCAAUACUUAUCCGAAGAUUAUACCUAUCGGAUACGUUAAAGUUCCUUCGUCUGUUACUUGUAUGACAUGGAAUCCACAAGAAGAGGCAACUUUGUUAAUUGGAUGCUUGAAAGGAGACUGUAUAGAAGUAGAAUUACCUAUAACACCUCAAUCAUACACAACUAGUUCCUACGAGCUUAUCAAGUGUAAUUCUGUAGCAUUUAAAUUUGAAUCGGUAAAAUCUUCGAUACAGAGAGAACUUAUGAGAAACAAAUAUGAAAAAGAAAAAAACAGAAGACUCGAAAAAAAGAAGAAGAAAUUGGAAGAACUGAUAGCAGAAAAUCCUCAUGUUGUAAUCGAUGAAGAAACCUUUCUUAUGGAGUUUGAUGACAUGGAUAUGAUUCUACCAGAAAUUUAUAUUCCAGAAAUUCCAAACAAAAUUUUAGUAGCACUGUAUGGUACCAAUGGGAAUAUAUGGCUAUUUAUGGCUGGUUUUGAUGCAGGAUAUAUUUAUGAAUAUCCACGUCCACUAUCCGGAAGAAUAAAAAAUAAUAAACCGAUUAGGAGUAGAAUAAUUGAACAUGCAAAGGAUACAGAGAUUCAAAAUUGCCUUUUUUACAAAAACAAGAAAUAUUUAUUUUUGGGAACACAGUAUGGAGAACUUUAUGUUGCUAAAAUGAAAGAAGAAAAUCCGUUAGAUUUGUCAGAUUCUUGGAUUCUUCCCAUACAUGAUUAUUAUAAUGGAUGCAUAUCUAAAAUGUUAUUAAGUUACGAUAAGAAAAUGUUACUGACAUGCGGUCACGAUGGAAAUAUAUUUUCUUUCAAAAUUAACGAUGAUACACCUUCCGAAAGUAUAGAAAUACCAAAAGUGCAGCAUCCCCUACCUCUACCUAAAAAUAUUGAAGACAUUGAAGAUGUAAACUAUCCAAAUUUAGAAAAUGUAAUUACAAAAAUAAAACAAAAUGAAAUUAUCUCAGCUGCAGCCAAUAAAAAGAAAGAAAUUCUGUUAAUCAUACGUGGUUUGACAGAGGAAUAUGUCAAAAUUACUACUAGAAAUAAAAGCCUUCUGCCAUCACAACAAAUAUCACGGUUUGAAUUAGAUAUAAGAAUUAUAGAAGACUUGGAACAGUAUUUAAAAGCACAAACAGCCUUGACACAGGAGAAUCUAGAAUUCCAAAAGAAGAAAAGUAAACUAGAAUUACAGAAGUUUAUGAAUCAUUUCAUUGCACCUAUUACACAUUUACCUUUUGCGAUUUCCAGUAUAUUGAAUGAAGAUAGAACUGUGCAUUCUUUAAGAGAAUUGAAAUUAAAUAUUCAUAACAUUUCAAAACACAUAGUGAUGAAACAUAUUGAAGAACAACAAAGAACAAACAGUAUAACAGAAGAAGAAAUAGAAAAAGACAUAGGAGAAAUACAAGAAGAGGAAAUACAAUACUUAGAAGGUAUUUUAGCUGAAAAUUACAGUGAUUUGACGUCUGGGUUAGGAUUGAAAAUUAAUCAAAUGUUAUUAAAAUACAAAGAAAAGAAAAGAAAAUUAAUUCAACGGCAAAAAGAAUGGCAAACACUAUAUGCUAGGAAACCAAAUGUAUCUAAAAAUCGCAUAGAGGAUGUAUCUUUCCUUAAAAAAACGAGAAAAUUUAUUGGUGAAUAUGAUUUGAAAAUGGGUACAGGUUUAAAUUUAACUAUGAAAAAGGAAACCGUUGCUGCAAAAUACAAAGAACUUUUAGAUUGUAGAACCAAGCUUUAUUACUUGCGGGAGGAGUUUAAUGGAAAAUUAAAUGGAAUCAGAUUAAAAAAACAAAAAUUUCAGAAAGAAGCGAUUAGAUUAAUGGAAAUUCUUAAAAGAAUUCAUACAGAAAUUCCAUUGAAAAGUGUAAAACCUUUACCACAGCUGCCAAGGCUGAAUUUUGAUAUUGAAUUUCCUGAACACAAUCUUGAGCUUGAGAAAUAUAUGUCAAUGUCAGAACAGGUGCAACAAGUAAAACAACAAAGACAGUCGAUAAGCAUGGAUCUACCAAUAGAUUUGUUUGAUUUAGAAUACGAAGUAUUAUUUUGUGACGAUAGAACAGACUUUGGAGAUGAAAUAGGAAAUCUGUCUACUCUUCUUUCUUUUUCGAAGAUGAAACUAAAAGAUAAUUCAUCUAUGCAAAUUAAUUUAAUUCAAAAUCUAAAUACAAGCGACUCUGUACAAACUUCAUGGGAACGUGAAAUGAAACGAUCUCGAAUGUGGCGAAAAAUAUAUGAGCAAGAUUGUAUUUUACGAUAUAUUAAUAACAGUUAUAAACAUUUAGAGCAUGAAUUAAAUGAAUUAGAAGAAUAUAGACUCGAUGUUAUAUAUCAGAGUAGUUACGUAAAUUUGAAUUUGUUAACUCUUUAUGAAGAAUUUAUUGCUCUGAAAGAAUGUGAAACAGUGGAAUAUGCACUCGAAGAAAAAGUUAAUAAAACAAUAAGUAAACGUGUCGCGAUCAUGUUAAAAAUACAAAAUACAAAUGUAAAAAUUGUGACGCGAGAAGAAAAAAUUCGGAAAUUGCAUACAAAAAUAAAAGAUGUUACUGUUGAAUUUUCAAAAGCUACAGCUGGAAAUAAAUUUUAUGAUUUUCUUCAAAAAAUAUUUAAAAAAAAAUACUCGACUACAAGACAAAGAGAUGGUUCUUUGGAUUCAAUUACACAGUCGUCGGAAACCAGUUCCGAAGAAACAGAUACGACAGUAGAUUCUGAAACCAAACACAUUCCAUUCGAUGAAAAUAUAUGUCCAUCAGGGUGUGAUAAACAAUUAUAUGAUAUGGCAUUUUCUAUGAGGAAAAAACGAUAUACAUAUGAAUUUCAGAUUAAAGAGAAGCAGAGAGAAAUAGAUCUACUGCAAAAAGAAUUAGAAACAGCUUCCAAAAAUUUAAGAGUUAUUGAAAGCAAGUUGAAAAGGAAUCUAGAAGAUUUAGAAGUUUUUAUGUUAGAAAAUCAGAGAAAGUUAAAUGACAUUAAUGUAACAGUUGUAGCAAAGAUUCAUCAAUUACAACACAUAUCAAAUUCUGGAUGUAUUGCAGACAUUCAAAAUUGUGUAAUUUUUAAUAAAAAGGAAUUAUCAAAUCUGUAUGCUAGAAUUGGAAUACUACAAAAAGAAACUUAUGACUUGGAAGAAAAACGCAAAAAAAAUGAAACACACCUUCAAAGAAUAAAAUUCGAUCUGAAAUACAUGAGAACACAAAAUAAGAAGCUAGAAAUAGAAAUUAAAGAGUUGAUGAUACAGAAAUUUGGUCGCAAAACAUCUUUAAUUAGCCUUUACGAAACUGUUUUACAGAGAUUGAUUUACAACACCAAAACUAACAUACGCAAGGUCAUGAAGAAUUUUACCAACGAAAUAAAGAAUGUAAAACAAGAAUGCAACGAAGGAUUAAGUGCUUUAGCAAAUUUGAUACAAAAUAAUACUAAAAAAGUUAGUUUGCUGACACUGUUGGAGAAAGAAAAGUUUAAGCUUAAGAAAAUUUUGGAACAGGUUUCAAUUUCAGAAGAAAAUAUGUUACAAACAGAACUUGAACAUAAAGCUAAUAUAACCAUGCUAGAAAGUAUUCUGCAUAGUCAAAUGCAACAAAAACAUAUGCUUCAAUACGACGUAGAAAAUCUUAAAGCUGGACCAAAAAAAUUACUUCCAAUUUGCUUGAAAAAAAGUAUGCUAUAGGAAUAAUUGGUUUUAGUUUUAACAAUUAAAGUAAUUAAGUAACAUAUAUUAUUUAACAUGAUUUAACUCAUCUGUAUUACUUGUAAAAGAGAAA